UGACGUCAUCAGCACGCGCCUCAAGUGAUCAGUCCGGAUGUUUUUUUUUUGUUUGUUUGUUUUGUUCCGCUUGUGAUUGUAACCUUAUUUGCUAACAAAUAUAGUGGUAGACGUUAUCUGCAACCAGUACUGUGGUUUAACAUCUCACAGUGUCUUUAGGUUACAAUGUAAACCAUUAGCAAGCCGUUCAUUCAACUAAACAGUCAGACGAAUGAAAACGCCUCAGUUAAACAGCUGAAAAUAACAACAUUACGUGUUUGUGUUGACUGCACAGACUGAGUGCACCAUGGGCGCUGAACAGAGCGGAGAUGCUGAACAUAAACAUUCAGACUUCAGCGCUUCAGUUGUACCCUCUCCAGCCAAGCAUAGAGCCAAAAUGGAUGACAUAGUAGUUGUUGCCCAAGGAACUCAGUCCUUACGGAAUAUCCACAAUGAUCCAGAUGUAAUAAAACUACAUGAAAUUCCCACCUUUCAGCCUCUUCUGAAAGGUGUGCUCAGUGGACAAACCUCUCCAUGCACUAUCUGUUUAGAAAAGCUGGAUUCGGCACAGGUGCUGCAGCUGUGUGUCCGAUAUCAGGAUCAUCUACACCAGUGUGCAGAAGCUGUUGCCUUUGACCAGAACGCUCUGGUCAAGAGGAUCAAAGAGAUGGAUCUGUCUGUGGAGGCGUUAUUCAGCAUCAUGCAGGAAAGGCAAAAGCGUUACGCCAAGUACGCCGAGCAGAUCCAGAAGGUCAAUGAGAUGUCGAUGAUUCUGAGACGCAUUCAGAUGGGCAUCGACCAGACGAUACCGCUGAUGGAGCGUCUCAACAAUCUGCUGCCGGAGAGCGAGCGCCUCGAGCCCUUCAGCAUGAAACCUGACGGAGAAAUCAAAUAGAGUCUGACAACAAUUGUUAAAUGUUCAUAGUACUAACUGACGCUUUAUAGAGACCUACCGCGGGUCAUGUCUGGUUGUUACCUAAGGUACUUUCACUUUGUACUCUGAAAGGCUUUUUGUGUGCCUGGAUCAGGUGUUAUCUGGCAUUAAACAAGUAACAUGUUACAAAAUGAAAAACUAUAACACCGAAAUGGUGUAUGCAUGUGUAUAUAUUUACUUAAAAGACUUAACUGAGUGGUUUUAAAGGGCACGACAACAUGAUUCUGCAUCUGAAAUUGAAAAUGAUAUUUAAUGAAGCUUUUGCACUUACGAUGCUUUCUGUAGACUGGUGUCAUUAAAGUUGUUGGCAUUAAAUCGUUUAUACAUA